UUUAUACCCGUUCCAGUGUACAAUCUACAGUUUUCACAAUGACGGACACCGCAGUUGCAACUUCAACACCAGCAGCACCAGCCGUGGCCAAGACUAGUCCUAAGAAGAAGGUUGCGGCCAAGUCCAAACCUACCGCUUCUUCUCACCCGACCACUGCGAUCAUGGUUACCGCAGCGAUUAAGGAACUUAAGGACAAGAAAGGCUCGACUCUGCAGGGAAUCAAGAAGUACAUGGCCGCCAACUACAAAGUCGAUUCGACCAAAUUGGCUCCGUUCAUCCGCAAAUUCCUGAAGGCCGCCGUCGCCAAAGGACUUUUGGUCCAAACCAACGGUUCAGGUGCAUCGGGUCAUUUCAAAUUGGCCGCGGAGACGAAAAAAUCCGUUCCUAAAAAGAAGAUCGUUGCCAAGAAACCAGCUGCCAAAAAGGCACCCGUUGCUGCAGCCAAAAAGAGGAAAUCGCUGGGGAAAAAGUCCAAGACGGAGCCGGCCGCGAAGAAGGCCAAGAAAGAAGUAGCUGCUCCCAAGCCGAAGGCUGUGAAACCAGCCAAGGCUAAAAAGACUCCGGCUACCAAGACCAAAGCCCCGAAGGCCAAAAAGACCCCGGUGAAGAAGACUGCACCCAAAAAAAAGUAAACCUAGUUUAUUCGUACCCUUUUAAAACGGUCCUUUUCAGGACCACC